UUGAUGCGUCUCAAUUCGCCUACUUAUACUAGGCACUAAAUAUACUGUGUGUGUGUGUUUUGUUUGUUGUUUGUUUGUUUGUUUGAAGAAAAAGCUCAUGUAACGGAAAGAACGUUGUUGCCUAGUUACGCACACUUCUCGUUGCAUUUAAGCUUUUCUUCAUUCGUUAUUCCUUAAAAAAUUAUUUAUGCUAUAUCGUUUAAUUUACCAUUCCCUUGAUUUAUAUUUUCACAUUUUAUUUACACUUCUCUAAGAUGCAUCUUAUCUUAUUGCAUCACAAAACCCCUCCUCCUCCCUCGCACAAGGACUUGUGGGUAACAUUAGCCAAUAAAGUGUACGCGGAUCCAUGUGUGGAAAAUCCACCGGAAACUGUAGAGCAUUCGGGUACGUUUGGGAUUCUCAUUUCAACACACUACAUGCUCAUUCUAAUCUCGGAUACUGUUUAGGACGGAUAGUAGGUGAAUUGGGACGCAGAAAGUGUAAGGAAGGACAGACAGUAAGAUAAUGAAGGAAAGACAAUAUGAAGAAGGAAGUGUGUGUGUGUGUGUGUCAGAGAGAGAGAUCAGCAUGGUAAAUGCUUUUCUGGAGAACCGUCGUCUUCAUCCUCCUCACGUCUGUCUCUGAUGUCUUGUUUGUUGUCGAUAAAGGCUCGUCUGGGUUUUCAUUUGGUUCAUUCGGUGCCAAAACGACAGCGUCCACAGCUUUUGGCUUUGGUACUGGUACCACCACUACCGCCUCAUCCGGAUUUGGUAGUCUGUCUGCCCCGGCUUUUGGGGCGGCCACCACGACGACGCCGUCCACGGGGUUCGGAUUUGGCGCCACAAACACAGGCGCGUUCGGAGGCUUCGGCACAACCACCACCUCGGCUUCCGCUGCCCCCAGCUUCAACUUCUCCAACCCCACCAACACAGGUGCUGGUGGUCUGUUCGGAAAUACCCAGAACAAAGGCUUUGGGUUUUCGUCUGGUCUGGGAACAGGGACCGGUACCGGGGCAGGGUUCGGCUCCGGGUUGGGAGGCGGAGGUCUCGGCUUCGGGGGCUUCAGUCUUCAGACCAUGCAGCCGCAGCAAGGAGGUCUGUUCGGCCAGCAAGCUCAAGCACCGACACAGUCUAAUCAACUCAUCAACACGGCCAGUGCUCUCUCCGCGCCCACGCUGCUCAACGACGAGCGCGACGCCAUCCUGGCCAAAUGGAACCAGCUGCAGGCCUUCUGGGGUACAGGCAAGGGCUACUUCAACAACAACAUCCCGCCCGUGGACUUCACCCAGGAGAACCCUUUCUGCCGAUUCAAGGCAGUGGGCUUCAGCUGCAUCCCCAGCAGUAAGGACGAGGACGGUCUGUUGGCUCUGGCUCUUAAUAAGAAGGAGGUGGACGUCCGCAGUCAGCAGCAGCAGCUGGUCGAAUCUCUACACAAAAUUCUGGGUGGAAACCCGACGCUCGCCGUGAACGUGGAGGGAGUUAAAGCUCUGCCCGAUGACCAAACAGAGGUUAUGAUCUACGUGGUGGAGCGCUCGCCCAAUGGCACGUCAAAGCGAGUCCCAGCCUCCACACUGUUUAACUACAUGGAGCAGGCCAACGUUAAGAACCAGCUGCAGCAGCUCGGUGUGAUGAUGAGCGUCACUCGGACAGCGCUUUCUCACGCGCAGCUCAAACAGCUGCUGCAGAAUCCUCCCGCAGGAGUCGAUCCGAUCAUAUGGGAGCAGGCUAAAGUGGACAAUCCUGACCCUGAGAAGCUGAUUCCGGUGCCCAUGGUUGGUUUUAAGGAGUUGCUGCACAGGUUGAAGAUUCAAGAACAGAUGACUAAACAGCACCAGACCAGAGUAGACAUAAUCGCCACAGACAUCAGUGAGCUUCAGAAGAACCAGGCCACCACUGUGGCUAAAAUCGCUCAGUACAAGAGGAAGCUGAUGGACCUGUCGCACCGAGUUCUGCAGGUGCUGAUAAGACAGGAAAUUCAGAGCAAGAGCGGUUACGCCAUCCAGGUGGAUGAAGAGCACCUCAGGGUGCAGCUGGACACCAUUCAGUCUGAGCUUAACGCUCCAACGCAGUUUAAGGGACGGCUGAAUGAGCUGAUGUCUCAGAUCCGGAUGCAGAACCACUACGGUGCGGUGCGAGCCGAGGAGCGGUACAUCGUAGACACGGACCUGCUCCGAGAGAUCAAGCAGCAUCUGAAGCAGCAGCAGGAGGGUCUGAGUCACCUGAUCAGUGUGAUAAAGGACGACAUGGAGGACAUCAAGAUCAUCGAACAGGGACUGCACGAUAGCGUACAUGUGAGGGCCGGAAAACUCAGCUGACGUGGAGACAGACACACACACACACACACACACACCGCUCGUCAUCAUUAACCAGCAGUCUCGCAUGUGACCAGUUUGUUGUGUGUACACACACACACACACACACACACACACACACACACAAAACAUCUUGGUGAGAUGUGAGAGAAAUCGAUUCAAUUCAAUUCAAUUCAAUUUUAUGAAAUGAAAUCGAUCAUUGGAGAGUGAUUUUAUUUUAUUUUUUUUCAUGUAAAUAUGACUCUUCGUGUUCCUAAUGCACACAAGGAUCUAUUGUGAACCUUUUGAACUGGUUUAAAUAAAGUUUCGUGGUUACAAUGAAGAUCGCUGAGGCGUUCUUUAACCAGAUGAAGCACCAAAAUCAUCCAAAACCCGUUUGAAGAAUGGAAAAGAAGACAAACAGUCAGGUGUUGUAAUAAUAUUUAUAAUAAUAAUAAUUAUUAUUAUUAUUAUUAGCUGCCAUUGAUGUUACAAGAGGAAUACAGACACUUUGCUGUUGUAGGAAAAUAAGCAACAUCGGAGUGGGAACAGGACACCGGGAAGUUCAAUACUAAAUCAGAUUUUCCAAGAACAUCUACAGAUACUUAUGUCGUGUGCAUAAGUUCAAGGUAGUACAUAUGUAAACAAAAAAAACAACAAUAACUAACUAACAAGCAAACAAAAACUUCCAUUCUAAAUUUGAAUAAAAUACAAAUUAGCUGAAUGAAUUUGGACUUUUUCUAUAUGUAUUAUUUGUACUAUAAUGUACUGUACUAUAAUAAUUAUACUAUAAUAUAGUCAAAAGUACUGAAAAUGGAUUGUCCUUGUGUAGGAAUGCCAUGAGUUUAAAAAAAAAAAAACCCAAAAAACUAUUUUGAAAAUCUUAUAAACAACAGCUAACAUUCAUGUCUAAAAUAUUUAAUGUUGAACAAAAUAUAAAAUAUAGUAGUUGCAUGAUUCAGUUGAUCUCUGACUAUAGUGUUUUGUUUUUGUUUGUUUGUAUUUAUAGAUAAAUAAAUAAACCAGAUGUUGCACUGAGAAUGGCGAAUAGUCCGGACAGCAGCAGAAAAUCGGGAGAAUGAUUUUAUGUUUGAUACGGUUAUGGGAUAAGUAAGGGAUUUGGGGGUGAUCUUAAAUGUUUUCCUAAAACCAACCCGUCAGUCUUGGAAUCCAUCCAGAGGUUUGUGUAGAUAGGAAAUACCGUACUUUUAAGCCACCUGCAGGCCCUUCGUUCCACGAUUGGAUAUCAUUAUCAUUCCUCUGCUAUAUUAAGCUGCCAGGUCGGGAUGAAGCUCCCACAGAUGGCAUCUUGGCAUGAAGCUUGCUUUUUAUUUGAUAUUUUGGUUCAGCUUAUUGCUUUUCUGACCAUCACUCCCUAUUUCUCUGAAACUCUUGGGGGGGAUAAUUUUUUUUUUUUCUUCUCCGGAAAGCACAAGAGCUCAUGUCCAGGAGUAUGAGGGAAGAGUUUGGCGCUGACAGGAUUUUGGACACCUGUGUGUAAAUGCAUGUUGACUGAUGUGACCCUGUUCACCCCCAGUUUGACCUUGCUUCUGUCCUUGAGUGGCAGGUGGAAAAAGGGAAAAUAUUAUUCGUUAUCAGCAGCCUUUCAUUUGCCGCCAAGGUAGCUGGGAGUCUGUGUGUGUGUGUGUGUGUGUGUGUGUGUUAUAAGACUCUGAGCUGUGAACAUCUGUGCUGAAUAAACAACCAUCUCCACCAAAGUAGAUUUUCACACCACACCAAGAUCCAACAUUCCUGAAGACUCAAGAUUUUCACUGUCUAGGACUAAUUGUAAGUCCAGUAAUAAUAAUAAUAAUAAUAAUAAUAAUAAUAAUAAUAAUAAUAAUAAUGGAUUCUAAGCUGCUCAGUUGCGUAUCUUAUGUAUGUCUUAUAGGAUUCAAUUCGGCGCACUCUAAAUAGCACGUCACUAAAAGCCCCAACGUUUCUGCCAUGCGCAGUGACGUUAAACACGACGACGAGCUCCUGUCUUUUGAGCUUUCUGCUGUCUUCGUGAUUGUCGUCAUGAUCCGAGUCUCGAAAUCAAAAACCCUCACUGUACAUUCAAAAGAAUUUUACUAAUCUGGAAAAUCUGAAAGACUGGUAGUCAAAACGGAGCUUUUGGGAGGUUUGCGAGGUUUUUAAAAUCUGAGUGCUAACUCUAAUAGAAAAACCGUUAGUGUUUGUACUCGAUAAACAUCUAGAAUAGUACAGAAG